CAAGCUCUUAAGUUGACUUAGAGCUCUCUUUGUUCUCCCUCAAUGUCUUCCUCAAAAACAAGCCUGUUAGUUUUAGAGAGUGCUAUCCAAAUCCCAACAAAGAAAAGAUAAAAUCAACCAAUAAUUUCUUGAAAAUGAUUUCAGGGUCCGCUUCAUGUUUCCCCAGUGCAUCACAAGGUUCGCCAAUGUAUCCCUUGGCUGAAGAAAACAUGGUUCCAUCUUCCCUCGAAGCUGGUUCAGGUUCAGGCCCAGAUCAGUCUCAUUCAACCACUCUCCUCUACAAUCUCUCCAUCCUGAAAGAUAAAGUUCACGAGGCUCAGUCACUUGUUAGCAUCCUUAUAUCUCCUGAUCAAGCUCAUCCGGAGUCAACUUCUUUAGCCGUCUCAAGCAUGGAUUCUUUGGUUCAAGAUAUCAUUGUCACAGCAUCUUCCAUGAUAUUUAUUUGCCAACAGAUGUCUCUUGGAACUGCUUCAGGUAACAAUAUCAACACUGAAUUGCAUCAGCAGCAUGUUAGGGUGAUUCCUGAUAAUCGGAUCUCUCAACCACCCAACUUCAGUGAUAUUUGUGUUGGUAACAUUGUUCAAGAAAAAGGGCAAAGCUUUUAUUAUAGUGCUGAAACGAUUAGCUGGUAUGGCGACCACUGCAAUAAUGACCGUAACAACAACAAUGGCAAUAAUAGGAAUCGAAGUUUACAAGUCAGUAAUGACGAUAAGCUGGAAAGGAAAGAAUUUGUUGAAUUGCCUCGAAGAAGUGAAAUUAGCGGAGGGUGUGAAGCGGUUUCAGCUAUGAAAUAUGACAUAAUCGAAUUGGAUGCUGAAGACUUAUUAGCUAAGUACACACAUUACUGUCAAGUUUGCGGUAAAGGGUUCAAGCGAGACGCAAAUUUGAGAAUGCACAUGAGAGCUCACGGGGAUGAAUACAAGAGCAGUGCUGCUUUGAUUAACCCCAUGAAGAAUCCUAGAGAGGGAAGUAGUAGUAGUAGUGCCAUGGGAAACUGUUCAACGAAAAUGAAUAAGAAGUAUUCAUGUCCUCAGGAAGGUUGUAGGUGGAACCAGAAACAUGCCAAGUUCCAACCCUUGAAAUCCAUGAUUUGUGUGAAGAAUCAUUACAAGAGGAGCCAUUGUCCCAAGAUGUAUGUUUGCAAACGAUGUAACUGCAAGCAAUUCUCGGUGUUGUCAGAUCUCAGGACUCAUGAAAAGCACUGUGGUGAUCUCAAGUGGCAGUGCUCUUGCGGUACCACUUUUUCAAGGAAAGAUAAGCUUAUGGGUCACGUUGCUUUGUUCGUUGGCCAUACUCCAGCUCUUGUUACUAAUCCUAAGGCGAACCCAGGUUAGCUCCAACUCUAGAGCUCCUCUACUACGCGACUAGAUUAUAGGGACAGAUCACCCAUCUCUUUGACAGCAGCACAAAGAAAAACAAAUAUAGUAUCAACACUGAGGCCGAUGAAUUUACAGCUUUUGGUAAUAUCACCAUGGACCUUGAAAAUUUCACGAGCAGUGGGGACGAGAGGCGAUGGGAUUUUGUAUUUGCUAACGCUUUCCCACGCCCCUCCUAAUAAAUAUUUGAAGCUGUUGGUGUCCAAGUUGCUGGCAAUGUUUCCAUCAGUAAGUCUAGUGAUAAGAUUAUCCACAAGAUCAUCAGAGUAGUACUGCAUGUCGGGCCUCGUCCCGCUCAAUGUGGAAAAAGAAUUUUAGACUAAUUCCACCCUCAUCUGACACCUGAAAUGUUUAUAUAAGUUGGAGGAAACAGAAAAGUUGAGUAGAAUGGAAAUGAAACUUAGCUUGCUGAACCGGAGAAGAAAAGGAAAAACCCAGAGGUGUUACAUUGUCAGGGUCCCAGUUCAAAUCCAAUAACAGCGACCCGCAUGGGAAUUUUCAGAAGCACUUGCUUCCACAAUUAAAAGGGAAGGCAAAUACGUGUACUGGAAAGAUUGAAGGUGUGUAUAAUCAAUGUACAUACCAUAAAACCAAAAGAAAUAAAAAUGCCCCCUAUAUAUAAUAGGAUCGUAAGUACUAAUAAUUCUACCCUUAAACUAAUUUGUGCUAUAUCUUUAAUCAUUGUCAAAAUUGUAUCUGCUGUUGAUUACAUGUCUCCAAAUUGUUUGCUCUAGAUAAGUAAACGAGUGUGAUCAAGGAAUUCUAUGCCAA